GAUAAACAAAACAAAAUAGAAAAACGUGCAUUAUUCCUUUUUUUUUUGCAAAACAAGUCACAAUUAUUUAAAUAAAAAAAUCUGCAUCACAAAAAUGGGAAAUUCCAAGCAAAAGGAAGGAGGAGGUAAAUCCAUUUCGAAAAAUCCAACCAUGAAACGCAAACCGUCUGCUCAUAGCAAGCCACAAAAUAAAUACAACAAGUCUCACUUGCCCGACAGAAAAAUGCAGUGGCGCAGAAAAAAGCCGCAGGACGAGGCUCGAAAGCAGAAAAUCAAAGAGCGGCAAGAAUUAAAAGCUCAAAAAAUAGCAGAGGCAAAAGCUGAAAAAGAACGGGUGCAACGAGAAAAGGAGGAGCGUGUGCGUAAUUAUAAAAAGAAGCGUUUAGAAAGGACAAAAGCAUUUAGUAAAAAAACACACCGUGGACAACCGCUGAUGAAGGAUCGCAUGCAACUCUUGCUCAAGCAAAUUCAGGAAAUGAAGCGUACCGGAUAGUAAAAAUUAAAGAUGAAUACAUAUAAGUAAAUAACUUCAUAAAUUUUACUUAGUAUGUGCAUACCUAUUUGUAGAAAUAGUUUUUAAUAAUAGAAUUUAAAAAUAA